AGCAACGUUCUUUUCACGCUACUCUUAGAGCUCCUUCGUUGUAUUUAACUGACUGUUUGACAGUGUUGUGCAGUUAACUGGUCGUCGUGCAAAAUGUAGACUAACAUUGUAAUUUUGAUCACGGAGAGAACUUAAAUAUCGAGCCAACUUACUGCGUCAGGGCUAGGAAAGAGGCUUCAGUAUCUGGGAGGGGUUGCUAACUAGUAAAACUCCGUACAGCAGCCUUUUGCUCUUACGUUUUUUCGGUUAAGUUAAAUUUCUUUAUUCCUUGCUUAUAUUAGGCAAUGCAGCUGUCGGGAGGAGGUAGGUUACUGAUCUGUAUGUCGACAGUUUGGAGUUAUUCGUCAUUCGGCAUGAAACCUCUUGCUUCCUUUCUGUGUAGGAUUAGCUUGUUUAAGGGGAAGCGUUGUAACGUUAUUUGUAUGGAGGCUAAAUGUAUUAAGAGCACGUUUUCUGUUCUGCAAGUGGUUGAUUUACUUUGUAUGCCUGUGGUUAUCCUUGCUGGUACAGGCGAAAAGGGUGAUAUGUAUUCGCAGUUGUAGAGAAUGAAAUGUCAGUAGUCGUAGUCAUUUCCCAAAAGACGUGAGGAGCAGUUUUGCAUAUAGGUUAAAAUGAAACGAGCUCUGCUGGAAUGUGCGACUCACGAAAUGUGUGUUUUUUAACCGUUUCGCCGCGGUCGUUAAUGGUGAGCCAUGUUCCUCCAACCUACUGAAACGUUCUCGGCUUUAACACCGUAACGUUAACCUCUUUACCAACUUUACCAAUGUAGUUCUUUAGGUUUCUAAUCGCUGCAACACGUUAUUUCUAAAAAUAGAUUGAACUAGAUCUAGUUCGACGUUGCCGACUCUGCUAGUCUCACUUGUAUGGGGUCUAGUGUAAGCUAGUUAUUAUGUAACGCGAUCAGAUCCGUGAGCCCCACAGCUGCCUGCCUCUGACGACAAACUGCAUAUAGCACGCAGGCUUACGUCGAUAGGGCUUGCCUUCUGUUUUUUCCUCUCUUCAUCGCAAACUGUUGCCAUCGAUUAAGCGCAGGUUCUUCUCUGGUUUUACACCGUGCCAGAUGUCGAAUAUUCACCAGUCCACCCGGUGCUUAUUUUACAUCUUCAUUUUUUGUUGGAACUGGAUCUCUCAUCUGUGGAAGGAGACAUUUCCUCUGCAACCAGCACUUUGUUCCUUUGCCUGGCUCCAGCUGAACCUCGUCCUGCGGGAAGCUUGAUACCGCACAACGUUUUGACCCGUCGACGGAAAUACUAAUAUUUUGCACCUGGGCAGUUCAGCAGCUAUGCAGCUUGAAAUCCAAGUAGCACUCAACUUUAUAAUUUCUUACUUGUACAAUAAGCUGCCGCGGCGACGCGUCAACAUUUUCGGUGAGGAGUUGGAGCGGCAGCUGAAACAGAAAUAUGAGGGACACUGGUACCCAGACAAGCCAUACAAAGGAUCUGGGUUUCGCUGCAUACAUGUCGGAGAGAAAGUGGACCCAGUCGUAGAGCAAGCAGCCAAAGAGAGCGGGUUGGACAUUGAAGACGUCCGCAACAACCUGCCUCAGGACCUUAGCGUCUGGAUCGAUCCUUUCGAGGUGUCUUAUCAGAUCGGGGAAAAGGGACCUGUCAAGGUGCUGUAUGUGGACGAUAGCAACGAGAACGGGCUAGAGUUGGACAAGGAGAUCAAGAACAGCUUUAACCCUGAGGCCCAAGUCUUCAUGCCAAUCACCGAGCCUAUGGGACCCUCGCCCACGUCCAGCUCCCCGUCCCCUCCGUUCGGCCAGUCGGCCGCCGUCAGCCCCACCUUUAUGCCCCGCUCCACCCAGCCUUUAACCUUCACCACUGCCACCUUUGCCGCCACCAAGUUCGGCUCCACCAAGAUGAAGAGCAGUGGGCGGAACAACAACAAAGUGGCGCGGAGCUCUCCCACCAAUCUGGGCCUGAAUGUGAACAACCUUUUGAAGCAGAAAGCCAUCUCCACGUCGAUGCAUUCUCUCUAUGGCCUCGGCUUGGGUGGGCAGCAGCAGAAGACCUCGGCCCUGUCACCCAAUGCCAAGGAGUUUGUGUUCCCCAGCCUGCAAGGCCAGGGCAGCCCAAGUGCAAUGUUCCCUGGGGAUAGUUCCCUCAGCCUCAGCUCUCUCCAGUACAAUAAUGCCUUUGACGUGUUCGCCGCCUAUGGGGGCCUGAACGAGAAGUCCCUGAUGGACGGCCUGAAUUUCAGCUUGAGCAACAUGCAGUAUUCUAACCAGCAAUUCCAGCCAGUAAUGGCCAACUAGGAAACAAAGAUGUGACUAAAAUGACCAGAGAUAUGUGACAGGGGUGGGGGGGUUGCUUAUUUUCAAAAAUUCUGAAAAAGAGGAAAAAAAUAGAAAAGAGAAAAAUGGAAAAGCUUACACGUCAACUGUACAGUCCCAGUGUACAAGUCAAAGAGCAUGAGCCCGAGGGUGAACUACUUUGCCCCCUUGAGUUUUUUUUUCUUUCUUUCUUUCUUUUUUUUCUUUUAUUAUUAUUUUUUUAUAUAAUGAAGCUUGUAGUACUACAUGUCCAAGCUUGGUUACCUAAACUCAACAUUAUAUUGCUUUUCUUUUGCCAACCAAGCACAAAAUUAUUUUUAUUGACUGUUUUAAGAUAUCUCUAUGAGGAAUUAAAACACAAGUCAUGGCCUCUUACAGUAUUUAAGAUAUAGCUGGACAGCCAAUUUUCAAAGAAUUGGCAAAAAUACUAAGUGGGAUUUCCUGGUCUUUUUUCUAAUUGUAUAAUUUAAUUUAGUACAGAGUUUGUAAAAUAUCAGAGUAUAUAUUGUUUCUACGACAUGGUAUUGCAUUUAUAUCUUUUUACUACUCCAGUGAUCCGUGAUGGCUGCAGCAGCUUUUGUGUUAUUUCUUUUUUUAUUGAAAUUGUAAAAUGAAUCCAUCUUUAAAAACAUCAACUAUUCUAAAGAUUGUGUACAGAAUAUUCCGUAGUGGUGGGAUUUAAGGAUAUUUGCUUUUUUGAAAAAACAUAAGAGUUGUAUUUUCUGUUAAGAGUUAAAAGAUUUUUGCUAUAUUAUGGACAAAAUGUAAUCGUAUAUUAAUUUUGUACCUACAUUGUGCAAUACUUGAUAAAAACAAACGGUAUAACAAAGUAUUUGGAGUCAGUGUCUUACAUGUUAAGAGGGACUGAUAGUUUAUUAAGUUUGUAUUAAAAUGCUUGAAAAUAUA